AUGUACCACUCAAGACGGUGUGCUGCUACUCGUCUCUUGCAUUCUUCAUUACGCUAUACCCACCCGCAUACGAGAUCAAAGCCAACCUGCCACCAUGGAGCGAUCUUGCCACACCAUGCACGCGAUCUUCACUCAACUGCAACGACGUUAGAUCCCAACAUGGAUCCAUAUCCAAAUCUCUCUGAACGACUCAAUGACGAGGAGAUCACCGCUGCAUAUGAUGGGAAAGCAUCGACGGAGACGCUUGAGGAGCGUAGUGAACAAGAGUUGCAUACAUCUGACGCCAAGGCAACCGAGAAGAAUGCUCUUCGCAACCAUAUCAUGAAUCAGUUUUCAGAACAUCUUCAGGGGAAAAAGCAAAGUGACACCAUCGUUAUCAAGAAGCAUCAACCAAGUCAAAGUGCCGAUGUCAAACAUGUCUUGGCCAAAUUCCAUGCAGCCCCACAAGAACCUAAGUAUCACAAAAUCAAUUUCAGGCGACGCUAUACGCCGAUUCAACCAGAAGGCGAGGAUAAACCACAACCGCCCACCCUUGCACAUGGCCUGGAUCGUGUAUUAUUCAAUCCCGGCGUUCACUAUCUCAAAGAUCCUCGCACUCAAACAUACAACUUUACGCCCUUCUUGGAAAACAUCACACCGCCUGCCGAAUUUGAUUAUGACGCGAUAGGACCCUACAUCACACCUUCACAAGAUGAGUAUCUCAUUCAACGAGCGCGGGAUCAUCAACAUCGAUAUGUCGGUUCUACAUCAUCCGUAUCGGCAAUGCUAUCACAAAUCUAUUUUGCUUUAUCCAAUGGGAAGCCCACUGAUACGUCUGUUCUUUCUCGGGCCUAUUUUAGUGAGCCCAACAAAUACACGCGUGCUACCCGUGCACCAGCAUCUAUAUUCUUGCAUUGGAAGGAUGGUGUCUAUGGUAUUGAUGCUGAUAAGAGCUAUGAUGUCGAGGAAACCAUAUUAUCCAGCAUGGGUAAAUCUAUGGAGAAAGUGUUGACACUUGAGCCUCCGGAGUAUGAGCGAUACUUGAAGAAUGCAGACGCACCAUUAUCACCUCAAGAAGUCAAUCAACCUGAAUCUUUUGCUUAUGGAGUG